CGACGACGAGAGCAAUCGCUGCCACUGCUCUCUUCUACUUGCGGCCCGCGCCAGACGAGGACGACGAUGUUUGUCUGCCGAGGAAGCGAGCGAGCGGAGGAAUUAUUGCGCAGCAGCAUAAUGGCAAGGAGGUGGUAAUUAUGAGGCCUUGCGACGAUGCCGACGAGCGCUCGCGGUGCGGGUGCGGGUGCGCGUGCCCGCAAGGGUUUGUCGCCCAGCUACGCUUUGGGGUUCGCCACCAGCAGCAGCUGCCGGACGCCUUGCCUUGCCGCACCGUCGCCCUCGAGGCUGCGCUGACCGGAGCGCGCGUGCCGAGUGCCUGUGAGAAGAGAAGACGCCAUUGCGCCCCACUGCUGGGAUCGUCGGGGUGAAUGAAUGAUUGAUUGAUUGAUUGAUUGAUUGGGAGACGGCAGCAAUUCGGAGCCUGCUGUGGUCUGGCCGAGAGGAGGUGAGCGAGGGAGCAUGCGGGAGGGUCGGUGGUAAAUCUUCGCGGAGGAGGAUCGUAGCCCUCGUUGCGAUGGGGGCGUUGCGGGAGCUCAGCAGUCUGCUGGCCGAGAAUGCCGAGCUGCUGACCAACAACUUGGCCGUGUUGGCGAGUUUGUGUCCGCCUCCCUUGCUCUUGAAGCAGAGUAGUGAGAGGAUUACUGCGCGUCACUUGAAUGGGAUUCUAGCAAUUGCGCAAUUUCUCGCGAAAUCCAAUGGCGGUCAACAUCGAGAGCAGCUGUUCGACAUGGUUUUGGAAUUUUUGCGUUCGGUCCCGAAACGGUCCAAAAGCAGCUUCUGGCCUUCCACCUUCAGCACCGAGGCCGCUUGCUCGUAUUUCCCCGAACUCCUGAGCUAUGUGGUGAAAGUCGCGGAUGCGGAUUCCAAAGUUUCGCAGGAUGUGAGCAGUGUGAUAGCCGGCGUAAUUCAGCAGAUCAGCGCAGGAGGUGACGUAGAAUCCGGUCUCUCUAGCUACCCUGGCGCCAAGGCCCUCGUUUCAGCACUCGGUCAAAUAUGCCCUCACCUUCAUGGGCCUGACUCCGAGCAGAUAAUUCUGUGCUUGCUGGACCUCUGGAUUCAGUCUCCUCAGUCUGGAGCUUUGGUUCUCUCAUCCUCUGAGGCAUCCGGGACUGGUUCACCCUUGAGGGGCUACCAUCAAGCUUCCUACAGUAAUGGGUUCAAGACUCCUCGCAAGAGCUCUGAUUACGACGGAUUGGAUCAGGGUGACUCGAAAGGACUCUCUUCUAGCUCUGAGAACCGAAACCACGUUACAUUUUUCAGCCCUAACUCCACAGCAUCUACCACACCAAUCUUCACUCCUAUUUCCACUCCCCUCAAACUCAGCGGGGAACAAACUCCCGUGGCCAAGUCCGGACCAAUUAGUGGUCCCAUUGACGAAGAACAGGUGUUCGAUCAGCUUCCUGUUCCGCCCACCCAAGGCGCAUUCGAUGGAACUCCAGGCUUUAAAAGACAUCAAGCAGGCUUACUGCUGGAGUCCACAGCUACUCUUGAGAAACAGGAAAUUGCCUAUCGCAUACUUGCACGGAUCCUCGAGAGAGCCGAGUCUGGCAGUCCGGUGAAAAUUCUUCAUAUUCAGCAGCUACGGACGAACAGCAUCAAACAACUCAAAAGUCUCCUGCCUCUUUUGAAGGUUCGGAAACGAGAAUGGGCAGCUGAUGUGCCCGAGCUCAAGACUAAAGUUAACGUGAUGUUCCAAGCGUCUCAGGCUGCGUCUAUACUUCAAAUCAAGUGCAUAUCAAUGCUGGAGAAAGACGGAAAAUUGCUGAAGGCUGCCCUGAGGGAAAGUCUUCCAUUGUUGAUGGACGCAGCAGAUGGUUGCAUAUCAUCUCCUUGGAGAAGGUCCAAGGGUUGUGAGGAAUUAUUUGACAGCUUGAUCACAGGGGUGGCACAUGUCGCUUCGCUCCAUAGGAGCCAAAUGCAAAGAAUACUUUUGAGGUUUAAGGUGUUGGUGCUAACAGCUUGUGCUCAAGCCAAUACUUGGGGAACGAGCCUGGGAUCUUCGUUUGAAAGUAUUAUCAAAGGAAGCUGUACGUUGAUCGAAGUUGGUUGGAAGUCAGACAGAGCUGCUGUUGAGUCUUUUGUUCUUUCUCUGGCUGCUCAAAUUCGUGAGAAGGAAAAGGGAGAUAAAGCCAGCCAGGGUGCCGCCAUGAUGCAGCUGAAUGUGAUAUCUUUUUUGGCGGACUUGUCCAUUUCGCUAAACAAGCCUGAAGUUGUGGAGCUAAUUUUGCCCAUUUUCGUUGAAAGCUUAGAGGAAGGGGAUGCUGCUACUCCCAGCCUAUUGCGCCUGAAGCUUCUUGAAGCUGUAGGACGAAUGGCGUGUUUGGGAUGCGAGAAAUCCUACAGAGAAGUUGUUGUACUUCUCACGAGAAGUUAUUUGGACAAGCUUUCAACGGUGGGAUCCUCCCACAGUCGAACAAUUCCUCCCGAAGGCACAACAGAACGUCUUGAGACUCUUCCUGCAGCUUUUCUUCAAAUUGCCCGUGGCCUUAGACAACCAACGCUGAGGCUGGACUAUCGGCAGCGUUUGUUAGCACUGUGCUCAGAUGUGGGUCUCGUCGCAGAGGCCAAGAAUGGCAGGAGUGGUGCUGAUUUGCUUGGUCCUCUACUGUGUUCUGUUGCUGAGAUGAGCGUGGACUUUGAUCCAACUAAGGACGUGGAUCCCUCUCUGCUUAAGCUUUACCGCAAUCUGUGGUUUUACAUUGCGCUCUUCGCUUUAGCUCCUCCUUUACAAAAGGGACCACUUUCGACAAAGUCAGGAGCCAUCCUGAACCACAUGAGUUUUGGGCAAAGCCAGGCUAUGGUUGCUGGAAUAAGCAUGGGUUUUAGCACAGGUUCUCUUCCAAUGCAUGCAGUAGCUGGACCUUAUGCAUGGAACCCACAGUGGUCAGCGGCUGCCGAGCUGAUUACACAAGGAACUCCACCCCUGGUUGUAAGCUCGGUUAAGUGGUUGGAGGACGAGCUCGAGUUGAAUUCCCUGCAUAAUCCAGGCAGUAGCAGGGGUGGAAAUAAUGAGAAAGCAGCUUCCGCUCAAAGAGCUGCUCUCUCAGCCGCACUUGGUGGUCGUGUAGAGACUUCAUCAAUGAGCACCAUUUCAGGUGUGAAAGCCACAUAUCUACUGGCAGUAGCGUUUCUUGAAGUUUUAAGGUUCAAAUGCUGUGGAGGCGUUAUGCGAUUCGGCUCCUCCGAGGGAGAGUAUACAAGUGCUUUGAGUUUCGCUUUCAAAUAUCUGGAGACGCCAAAUUUGACUCCUGCUGUUCAUCAGUGCCUUGUGGCCAUUGUUCAGCAGGCAUUCAUUGCUGCUAUGUCAUGGCUGUCAGAGAAAGCGUCAGCUAUCGGUAAAGAAGGAGAGGAAAGAGAAGCUGUAAUAGUCGCCCAUGCUUGUUUCCUCAUUAAAAUGACUUCUCAUCGGGAGGAUUACAUCCGAGAUCUUGCGGAUACUCUCCUUAAUCAGCUGAAGAACACAUUUUCUCAGGUUCUCUGGAAUCCUAGGUGUUUGAACGAACUGCUGGUGUUGGUCACGGGUACCACAUCUUCUUCAUCCUCUGAAUUCGGUUCAGGUGCUUCGAAGCAAGUGACUCAUCAAAAAGUGCGGGACUGGAUAGCCCAAGCACUUCAUCUUGUUCCUUGUACAAUGCAAGGGCUACUUCAGGAACAACUGCGGAAAUUAAAUACUUGGCAGUCGGCGACUAGUGAGGUUCUUUCUUUGCUGUCGGAUAUCCGUCUGGAUGUUACAAAGACAGAUAGUCACACCGGCAUGGCAUGCAUUCCGGCUGUAACGACUGCAGCUGCUGCGGCAGCUGGUGUCAAUCCGAAGUUAGCACAAACUGGCAGCGUGGAAGUUCUUUCAGCGGGGAUCAUAAGUGCAAGCAUCAAGUCUAACUACUCAGGGGAAAUCGCUGGCAUGAAAAGUUGGUAUGUUGGUAUGGGUGGGCUGGCUAGGAAGGAUGAGUUACCAGGCCGAGCUGACCAUGUGCAAGAUCUUGCUUUAAAUGAGAUGUUGACGACCAAGUUUGUUCAGCGACUUCAGCAGUUCGUCGUUGCAGCCCAGAAGGGAAUGCAUGUGGAUGCUGCUGCUUUUCGCGAGGCUUGCUUGCGGGGUGCUGCCCUUCUGUUAUCGGACCUGGGAACUGGCAAGGAGUAUGCAGAAGGCUUCUCUGAUCUUCUCCGUUUGUUAUGUUGGUGCCCUGCUCAUAUUUUUACUCCCGAAGCAAUGGAAACGGGAGUCUUCGUGUGGACAUGGGUUCUGUCUGCAGCUCCACAAUUAGGCUCACGUGUGCUUGGCGAGCUGGUUGAUGCCUGGAUGUGGACGGUAGAUACCAAGAAGGGUCUCUUCUUGUCAGGAAUAGAGAAUAGUGGUCCAGCAGCCAAGUUACGACCUGAACUCACUCCUGGAGAGCCUGGGCCUCCUCCACAUCCAGAUCCUGUGCCUGGAAUCAAUGCCCACCGGGUUUGGCUCGGAUUUCUUCUGGAUCGUUUCGAGGUCAUAAGGCAUGGCUGCAGUGAUCAGUUUCUUCUUAUUGGUCGCUUGUUGCAAGGCUCCGUGACCAGGCCGCGCCAGUUUACUACUCAUCCUGCUGCAGCUGGCGCGUUCUUCACUCUGAUGUUCUUCAGCUUAAAAUACUGCACUUUUCAAACUCAGCUUGGCUCUUUAGUGGAAAAGAGUGGCGCUCUACUACUAGAGGACGCAGUUUACAGAGCUGGGUUGAGUUGGUUUUCUGUCGAGCCUGGAUGGUAUGACUCGAACGUGGAAGGGGUUGCGCAAGCAGAAGCAAUUUCCGUAGCUCGUUUUCUACAGCUUUUAACUAGCGCAGAGCGUUCAGAUACCACCCCACAAGAAGAAGUUACAGUUUCUUGUGCUGUGCGUAAACGGAGCCAGGAUUUCGGACUAGCAUCUGCAAACGGUGUUGCACAAAUGAAAGCACAGCUGGAGGCUGCACAGUUCCUAAGAGUCAAAGUCGACGGUGAUACCGCCAUGAAGGAGCGGCGGAGGCAGCUCUUACUGAUGUUGUGCCAAUAUGAGGCGGACAGAUUAGAUACUUGGGCUUAUCCGUUGAAGGAGAGCCUGCCCCGAUGGCGUGUCAGUGGAGAACGGUGGGCUGAGUAUGUGAGAGUUGCAUGGUCUGUCGACCCUCGUAUUGCUUUGGCUCUUGUUGCACGUUUUCCUGGUGUGGGGAUUCUACGUACAGAGGUUUCAUCGAUGGUGCAGGGACAUGUUUCGGAGCUUUUUUGUAUUCCCGAGGCAUUACCGUAUAUCGUCACGCCGAAAGCUGUGGAGGAAAACUCUACUGUCUUACAGAAGCUGUCUCAUUGGGCUCCCUGCUCCAUAACAUCCGCUCUUGAGUUUUUGACUCCUGCAUAUAAGGGGCACCCACGAGUCAUGGCUUAUGUUCUCCGUGUCUUGGAAACAUAUCCACCGGAGAGGGUGACGUUCUUCAUGCCACAGCUUGUGCAGUCCCUUAGAUAUGACCAAGGAGGACUAGUGGAAGGGUACUUGCUGGUUGCUGCGCAAAGAAGUAACCUCUUUGCACACAUUCUGAUAUGGCAGUUACAGGGAGAGGAGGCACCUACCUCCGAAGAAGCAAACAAGGAACCUGGAGCAGCUAAGGGAAAUAUGUAUGAAAUUGUGCCAAGAGUGAAGCAACGGAUAAUUGAUGGUUUCACGCCUGAAGCUUACAAUGUGUUCCUUCGAGAGUUUCGGUUCUUUGAUAAAAUCACCUCCAUUUCAGGUGCUCUUUAUCCUUUACCAAAGGAUGAACGUCGAGCUGGUAUCAGAAGAGAAUUGGAGAAGAUUGAGGUUGAAGGCGAUGACCUGUACCUGCCAACUGACCCCAAGAUGCUUGUAAGAGGCAUCAGGAUGGAUAGCGGAAUUCCCCUACAAUCAGCUGCCAAAGUACCAAUUAUGAUAACGUUUGAUGUUGUGGAGAAGGACGGUGAUCACAGGGAUAUCAAGGGUCAGGCGUGCAUUUUCAAGGUCGGAGACGACUGCCGCCAAGAUGUGUUGGCCCUACAGGUCAUCGCUCUCAUGAAGGGAAUCUUUGAAGCAGUGGGUCUCAAUCUGUAUCUUUUUCCUUACGGUGUUCUCCCGACUGGCUAUGGUAGAGGGAUUAUUGAGGUCGUACCAGACACUCGUAGCCGGAACCAGAUGGGGGAGAUAACAGAUGGGGGCUUGUAUGAUGUAUUCAAAAAUGAUUACGGCCCAGUUGGUUCCGCAAGGUUCGAAAAAGCCAGGGAUAACUUUAUUGUCAGUAGCGCAGGCUACGCCGUAGCCAGUCUUUUGUUGCAGCCUAAAGAUCGACACAACGGGAAUCUUCUCUUCGACAGUGAAGGGCGACUUGUCCACAUCGAUUUUGGUUUCAUUUUGGAGACGUCACCAGGUGGGAACAUGCGCUUCGAAAGUGCACAAUUUAAGUUAAGCCAUGAAAUGACUCAGCUUCUGGAUCCCUCCGGCUCGAUGAAAAGUGAUACAUGGCAUCGUUUUGUAAGUCUUUGUGUGAAAGGGUAUCUGGUCGCAAGAGAGCACAUGGAUGGAAUAAUCAAUACAGUACAACUAAUGGUGGACAGUGGGCUACCAUGCUUCAGUCGUGGUGAUCCCAUCGGAAAUUUGCGCAAACGUUUCCACCCAGAGAUGAGUGAAAGAGAGGCUGCCAACUUUAUGAUUAAGACUUGUAAGGAUGCUUACAACAAAUGGACAACAGCUGGAUAUGAUCUCAUCCAACACCUUCAACAAGGUAUCGAAAUGUAACGUCGCUCAAUUUUCCUGGAUUGCGACAAAUCCAUCAGACGGUCGGCCCAUAGCCUUCGGCUGUGUACCGUGAGAUGGAACCGCUCCAGUUGUACCAUAUGGAUUUUUGUGGCCCUUUUGUAUAGGAUAACCCCACAAUUGCUUAGGCAAAGCUUACUGAAUUGGAUACAGUCUGGAUAUACUGGGAUAAAGUCUGCCUUGAUGCUUGGCUAAAUUCAGAGAAGCGAUAUUUUAGUUACAGCAAAUUUGAGACCGGUAGGAACGGGUCCAAUGAGAUCCAUUAACAUCUCGAAGUCGGACGAAACCUUGACAUCUGGGCUAUAUUACAUCUAGGGUCGAAAUAGAUGUGGACAACGCGAAGCAGUUGGUAUUCCGGGGCAGUAGUAUCAACAAAGAGGUUUGGUAGCUUAGGACGUGCCACGAAUAUUGCACUGGAAGUUGUACUGCUUGUUGCCUUCCAAAUUGCUUGAGUCUGUUGGGCUUUCGUAGCGAACGGAAACGUGGAAACAAAAGUAUUUUCUUAAACUAGUCCCUUCUGUGUUAAUGACUGGUUGAGGUUGACGGGGACGUAAGUUCAAAUGAGCUGAAACGCAAGUUCAUCUUUUGAUCAGGAGUUCGGAAGUGUCUGCCCCAUCCAUACUGGUUACUCUUGGAUUGUUGCACUGUCCAGACUUGAGCAAUUUUUUAACUGGCCCUGGCUAUCACCACUCUCACCAUUCCUUGUAUCGUGAUAGCAAAGUCAUCACUAUGUGCUGUCAUCCAAAUUUCAUACUAGAUUUGCAUCUGCCUUGAUGCCCUGUGCCGGAAUCAGAAACCCACAACAAGUUGGAACUCGUGCCAAUGUGGGAGGACGGACUCCCUGCUUGACCUUCAUGCACUGCAUCAUCAUCUACUGGCCGAGUGU